UCGCUAGUUUUGCAGCAGGUCGCGCGGUUGCCACUUCCUGUGCGCGUGCAUCAAGUGAAAGAGAAGUUUCUCGUCCACACAGAAACAGUGACAAGCAAUCUUCAAGAUGUCUGCUGGAAACGCUAAGAUCGGUCAGCCUGCUCCUCAGUUCAAGGCCACAGCAGUGGUAGAUGGACAGUUUAAAGACAUUCAGCUCUCAGACUACAGAGGGAAGUAUGUUGUGUUGUUCUUCUACCCCCUUGAUUUCACCUUCGUGUGUCCCACCGAAAUCAUCGCGUUCAGCGAGCGGGCGGCCGAGUUUCGUAAGAUUGGCGUGGAGCUCAUCGCGGCCUCCACAGACUCCCAUUUCAGCCAUCUAGCAUGGAUCAACACACCCCGGAAGCAGGGUGGCCUUGGCUCCAUGAACAUCCCGCUGGUGGCCGACCUGACGCAGUCCAUCUCCCGCGAUUAUGGUGUCCUGAAGGAGGAUGAGGGCAUCGCCUACAGAGGUCUGUUUGUGAUUGAUGAUAAGGGCAUCUUGAGGCAGAUCACCAUCAAUGACUUGCCAGUGGGCCGAUCUGUGGACGAGACUCUUCGACUGGUGCAGGCCUUCCAGCACACUGACAAAUACGGAGAGGUUUGUCCUGCUGGAUGGAAGCCAGGAAGUGACACCAUUAUUCCCGACGUGCAGAAGAGCAAGGAGUUUUUCUCCAAGCAGUAACAGUCUCCAUUUCUGCAUUUGCUGGGCUGUUAAAGCACUUAACUUCAGCCUGAGGGGUCUUGAAAAGUUGAUUUAGCCAUCGUAACAAACACUUGACAGGUUAAAUGCACCAGUUAGUCUGAUUUCUGUCUGUCUGAUGUAGCUGUUUCAGCCAUGCACUGAAAUAUCUGUAGUUUGUGUUCAGCUAGUUAGUCUGCAUUGCAUAUUUGGUACUCUGUAAACAUAGUUGGAUUUAAAUUCUCUCAAGUUGUUAGCAUUCUGCUGAUUUUUGUCAAUAUCUCUGUUAAAUAAACAGGCUGUUAUUACUAAA